AUGGCUACACCAGCGCUGCAACCUGGCAAUGUGCGCUUCCACUCAUCAUCAAAGCCAGGUUUAUUGCAAGGGUCGACCUACAAAGCAACUUUCGUGCAGAACAUAGGCACAUCAAACAAUGUCGCCAGCGAUGCCCUAACCUCCACCAAAAGUUUUCAUGUCAAGAGUACCCCGUAUACCCUCGACAAGUCUGCCAUCCACUCGGUAUACCCGCCCUCAGGGCAUGCAGAUUAUCUGAAUGUUCUCCCCCAUGUCGUGUUCAAUAACCCAGGCACACCGUUUCUGCAUCCAACACCAUCACCGUGGCUCGCGGUCUUGGUUUUCGUGGAGGAGGAGUUAACGCCUCCAGACGAAAGGCUCUUCACCAUAAACGCAGUUUUGCCGACCGAUGAAAAUCUCCAUCGUACCGCCACACUUGCGUAUGAGGUGUCCAUCAAGAACUUGAUAACGAAGAUCAAUACGACAAACACAGUCCAGCAUCCAAUCCCCACCACAGAUGCUACCUCAACCGAUAAGACCGUGGUUCCAUUGAUCCUCCUUCCUCCGCAGCUCUUCUCGUCAUUGUUUGGCACUUACAACACGAAUGAGACGACCAUCAAUGUCGACGAGGAGAGUCCAAGUCUGGCUCGCUUUUCCCUUCUCAGUCAUGUGAGGAACUUCAGUACUACGAACCAAGCCAACAGUGCCUCCGAUGGGCCCGACCAGUGCGCUGUCACCACCUCGCCUCGGACUGGCGCCCCCUUUGAUCUUCAAGCUCCAAUCACUGUGUACGCGCAUCUCGUGUCACUCUAUGGCGUCCACGAACAUAUGUCAGUUCAGCCGAUUGACAGUUCCAAAUCGACUGCUCUGGUAAGUCUUUACAGCUGGAGCUAUACCUGCCUGCCAAACGACAGACAAUCUCUACGUGAGACUUUCGAGGCAUUGGGUCAAUCUCUGCAGCCGCUACGUCCCCUCGAUGCCUCCAUCAGCAUCCCCAAAAGCCCCACCACGCCUGUGGAUGAUUGGGUGAGAAGCCGGUUAUUGAUGGGGUAUAGCCUUGUUCGCCGUAGAUUGGAGACAGGAGAAGUUGUCCCUGCCGUGCAACGUGGCUUCCUCACUGCCUCUAAAACAAGUCCUAUUGACUUUCCUCCCUCCGACAUCGGCUCCGACCUUGCCAUCGUGGAUGAGCAUACGGGCAUGCUCGACGUAACAUUCCAAUUAGCCUGGGAAUUGGGAAGGACGGCAGCAACGUCUGAUCGAGCAGUAUCUGCAGCACUUAUGAGACUGCGAGCCAGCGCUCACAGUCGGGCCUUGAUACAAGCGAAGCAACAGCGCGAUCCGGGCUUUCUCACAGCUACAGACACGGUCUCAAAUCAAUUGAGCGCUGUCAGUACAUUGACCACCAAGGUUGCAGGCCUAUCAACAGUGACUGAGUUCUUCCUAGAUAGAUGGCAGAAGACAGGGUUGCAAACGCCUCUCAAGACUCAGCUCUCCUUUCGUGACGUAGACACUCAGGCACAGUAUAUCAAUUUGCUGCAGCCAGGGUUGUUAGAUCUUGCGAAUGCAGUCCCUCCCACGGUGGCAGCAAAUACACACGAUGUAAAUCUUCGCGGCGUGAAUGAUGUCGUACCGUACAAUGAGGAGAACUCACCGGUGUCAUCGGACUACGCGAUACUGCUGAGUUGGUGCAAGGAACGAUGGUUUUUAAAGGGCAUUCCAAUCCUCAACAUCAUUCCCGAUCCAAGCUUCAUACCAAAGGAGAGCUUGCGAACGUUUUAUACUGACCAAAGCUGGUUCAAGGCUUACAUUGAUGGUGCCAUCUCGAUUGCCGAGCAUUAUGAUGAAGGAGACACACUGCGUGAGUCAAUCAAGACUAGCAUUGACACCUACUUGAAGACACCCCUACCGAGUGGUCAGCUACCUGCGAUUCCUACUUGGGGCCUAAUGAUGCGAUCACAAAUUGUGGCCAAGUUCCCAGAUCUACGGGUAUCAGCGCCGUGGCCACCAAUCAACGGUGUAGUGCCAAAUAGACCAGAGAUUCUUCGACUAGAGACAUUGGACACGGAUCUUCUCGUCAUGCUGUUCGAUCGGGAACCUGGUCAUAAUACUUUUCAGGGCGGCAUAUCCUUUCACCCGCCAGAGCACCAACUGACCUCAAUGUUUGGAGAGCUUGACGGGGCACCGAACAACAUCGUCACUUUGGCCUGGGCUACUAUCUAUCGAGACUUGCAAGCUGCAGAGAAUGACGGACCAAGCGGCUAUCAGCAUCCUCCGGCAGACACCAAGAUCGAUCUUAUGAGCACCGAGGGCAAUCUGAUUUUUGACAAUCACAUACGAAGCCUGAUUACGGAUAGAUACGUCAAUUUCGCGCAGCAACAGGUCUCCAAAGGAGUCGGAGACCCCAAUAAUGUAUCUGCUGCCACCUCUGCGCUCGUCGCCUCACAGUUGUUGGCCCGUGUUCCCGAGCUAUUGCUUCAAGAACCCUCACGUGCCAGGGGAAUCCCUGUUCUACCCGGUCCAGGAUCAAUCAUCUCCACUAAACCCCGCCCGUGGCAGCCGCCAGGCACACUCAGCCCCAUUCAGAUACCCAUGAAUCCAAUUCCCAGCCAUACUGAUACCCCUCCCAAUCCUCCGACCGCAAAAGCAGCCAGCCAAUUCAACCCCAUCAUCGAAGCCAUUGCCCGGACUGACUUGCAACGGGAUAACGAUGCUGUCAUCAGAGCAGCGCUCUUCCCGCCCCAAGGCGUCAACGACAUUCCUAUUCAGUCUUUGCAGCCCAACGCUAUACAAUCCGGUGACUUUCCGGUCUCGCUCAAUACUCAAAUUUUCAACAUUCGCUGCCCAUACUUCAAUACCAAGUCUAAUGCUUGGCAAUACAAGUAUGCACUCGUCGACACAAUCCCCAGCUCUCUAGGUCUUGUUACCGACCUCCACGUGCAAAAUAUCUCAGUCUCAACCAGCCAGUCCUAUCUAGCGAAAGCAGAAUUUCAAUUUCCGAUCGGCACGACUCAGCAUGGCCUUGUCGAAUCCUUUCCCACCAUUUCUGCUACGAACCCGGUCUCCAAAUCCGGCAGCGAGUACGACAAGCGUCUAAAUUUCGCCGGUACUUCCCUGCCCAACGUACGUUAUGUGGGCACAGGAAACAGGUGGCUUGUGCGCACUUCCUACACUGCCGAGACAGACUCCACCCCGGGCUCCUUCGGGGUCACGCUGAUCGCCAAUAACGGCAACCUCGAUAAUCCAGGCGCAGACGAAGGGUAUUGGGACGUCAACGCGAGUGGGGGACGCCAGAAGAUCUGA